CACACAUCAGUCCUUUCUCGUCGUUGCGAACACGGCGCUUACAAGCUCGCAUUACGACCUCAUCUCUCCCUAUCAAGAUGGAUCUAGUUGCCGACCACACUUCACCCUAUCUUGGCAUGUCAGAGACGGCACAUAAUACCAUGGCGACUUAUAACGAGGCGUUCCAAUCGCUCGGUCACUCAUGUAUCCAUGCUUUGAAGCAUUACAGUCCCAACGGUGCGCGCGGAAUGCUGGAGCACUUGGAGUUACAUCCUCAACUGAUUAUCCAUGUUGACAACACUAACAGCACGGCAGUAGGCAAUGGUCUAGAAACUGCUCAUCACCUGCUCAGUAGCAUUGCCAAUCCGUAUAUUGAUGGACAUCCAUUCGAUACAAGUCCCACUGUGCGAAGGUGGGCCCCUCAAACUAUCUGGCGCUUGGACGCGAUGCAAAUCAAGAGCAACGAGAUGCGUAUGAAAGACCCUCACAAGCAACGUGGUUUCUCAACAGCUUCCAGCGAGCUACAGGAAAUCGACAUCGCUAUCGACAUAAGCACUGCCGCACGAACCGAGAUCAGCGAAGACGGUAUCGUCUGUGCGACGCUUCGAUAAACUCGACAAGACUUCAGAGCCUCCGUGAGCAAGAUCUGGCGAAGUCGAAGAGAGAAGAUCCGAACCAACUUAGCCGUACUACCACAAGACUUCGGCUUCGUGGAGAAUGAUGAGCUCCGGAAAGACGUUUGGGCUACUUUUUGUAUCCCGUCACGUCUGGGCAUGCGAUGUUACAGGAUGGGGAGGAAAGAGUAGGGAGAGCUUU